GAGAGACUCAUCUGAUCACUUUUUGCCUUUUCUUCCCAGUAUAAAGGCAACCAGGGGGACCUGAUCAAGAAGGUUCCUCUUUCUUGUACAUAGAUUGAUUCCCUGAUGGUGCAACUUCUAGAGGUUCUUGUUGUGUCAGGGACUUAGCUGUUGCUUGUCCUUUCUCUUGGAUGUUAAGACAUUCAUUGGCGGUCUGCUGAUGGUCCUUCCACCAUAAAAGUCAAGAAUUCAGUUUUGGGACAGCUGAAUAAAGUUACUUUUGGUAAAGAGGCUUCUUCUAUGGCAUGAAUCCUCACUUGCUUCCAGGAUCCAAAGCUUAAAGAAGAAAAAGCCUGAGGGUCAGGACACUUAAAAGAGUAAAGAAGUGAUUUAAGUUCCUGUGAGGAACAGAAUUAUCUACUUACAUUAUACAGUGCUGUUUUAGAAAACUAGCCUCUAACCAAGAAUAAAAAUUGUUGUCAGAAUAAUAUGCGAACAGAUCAUGAAGAACUCUGUGGCACCAGUUAUGGACCUUUUUGCCUAAAUGGCGGGAUUUGUUAUAUGAUCCCUACUGUAUCCAGUCCAUUUUGCAGGUGUAUUGAGAACUAUACAGGAGCCCGUUGUGAAGAAGUUUUGCUACCUAGUCUCAAGACCCAAAUUAAAAGUGAACGGUUUGCAGCUUUCUUGGCUUCAGUGGUUGUUCUAGGAAUUCUUGUAAUUGGAGCAUUCUACUUCCUUUGCAGGAAGGCCCACAUUCGAAGGGCCAGCUCAACAGAGCGUGGUGCCAGCCUGGUUGAGACUACCAGCAGCAAUGGCUGCAACAAGAUAACAGAAUAAAGCAAAAAAACAAGAACCAUGGGAGAGCAACAUGCAAAGGAACCAUAACAUAACAAGUGCUGUGGAGGGUCUGGUAACCAGGAUGAGCAAAGAAGAAAUUAGAAACAAAUAAAUCUGCUAAUGUACUGGGAGAAGAUGGCACAUAGAUCAUAGUAAGGAAAAAGUGUUACAUUCAUCAGAGUGCCUGAUUACUUUCAAAGAAGGGAAGUCACAUUAUAGAGAAAUCAUUAGAACCAUUUUUGAAUCUUCUGAGAGCUUUCCCCUGACAAAUGUAUUGCAGACUGUCUGCAGCCAAGUAGUUCUAUCUGGGAGUUCUUUCUUUUUCCAAUGCAAAGACAGGGAGCAUGAGAAUCUUUGAGGUAUUUCACCAUGUAAAGAGUAUGAUAUCAUCUUAGAUUUUUUCACGAGAUUGUCCCCUUCUCCCAGGAAAGUCUGGAAGCAGCACAAAGAGGUCAAGGGACUCUCUCAAUCCAGUGGUUUCAAAAUAUAUCUGGGAUAUAUGUACAGAAUUUGGCUGACUUCAGACAUACUCACCAGAUGUGGAUAAAAGGGCCUCUCCCUCCACUUUCUCUCCAGCUGAUAUACGACCUACAUUUUUGUUUUAAAUAGUGAUUCAAUGGUUCCUCACACUGUUUUGAAACAUCACCUUGUUGGCCAGCCUCCUAGCUAAGAGACUUCAACUUGAAGUAAAACAGUGUUAAAAUGAAGAAAUUCAUAAUAGUUAAAGGAAAUCUAUUGGGCAGAGUAAUUACCUUGUGCUUGGUAUAUGCUCCUAACACUGGACAAAGAGCCUUUCCCAAUGCUAUUCUUCCUGUCCUGACAUUUUCUUCUGAGGAUCUCAUUGUUGAGGGAGAUUUAAAUCUCACCUCAAAUCCUACAGCUGACAGAUCAGACAGUAGAAAGGAGGAACCCAAUUCCCUUGGCUCAUAUUUGAAACAAAAUCUUUCCCAGCUCCGUCUACUGGUUUCAUGGAAGAAUGUGAAGCCAUUCGUGAGGGAUUAUUUGUUUUAUUCAUAUCCCCAUUUGCUGUUCACGCAAAAAGAUUAUAUAUCUUUGUCUGCCUGCUUAAAGGAUUUUCUGACUGCAGCAAAGAGAGGUGAGCUUACAUGGUCAGUCCCUAUUCCUGUCAUGACAACACUUAGAGAUUUGUUUGGUUGUAGGAGGCAUAGCAACUGGGACCUGAAUAAUCCAUUAUUUGAAAACCUUAUCAUACUGAAUGAUGUAAUUAGCAAAACCAAAAUUUCUUUCAAUAAUGACAAAAAUGGAAACUUGCGUACCAAUACACUAUGGAAGGUUUAUAAGGCAGUAUUGAGGGGAAAAUUAAUUGAGACAUUCUCUAGAAUUAAAGGGGGAGGAAAUACAAAAGACAAGUUUCUUCUCUCUGAAAUAAAAAAAUUAGAGAAGUUGCACAAAAAGACAGAUGCAAGGAAAAACCUGGCUAAACCUCCUUUCCUUAGAGGACAACUCUCUGUUCUGUGGCCAGAAAAAAGAGACUGUGUUGUAUAUCAGUUUAAACAAAAGUACAAUGGGAUGGGAAAUAAGGGCCAUAACAAUUCAGCAUAUAGGCUAAGACAGGAAAAAGAAAAAAAUACUAUGAUUGGUAUCAGAGAACACAGCAGUGAGACGCACUGUCAUACAAGUUCUUACCCUGGAGAAGCUGGGCUCCCAGUUAUACCUGAACAUCUGCAGAAAGAAUCCGAGGAAGUCAAAUUAGUCAUUAAAAAUAUGCUCUCAAGUAAAGCACCUGGUAUGGAAAGGGUCUCAGUUGAAUUGUGCAAAUCUUUGACUUAUCAGUUUUCCCCCAAACUUCUAAGUAAUUUUCAGGACUUCAAAACAUUAGCAGAUAUGAAUAAAUCAAUCAAUAUUGCUGUGAUUUUAAAGGCCAAAAGAUACAAGAUUGAAUGUACUUCACCUAUGCACAUCUCAUUAUCAAAUAUAGAAUUUAAAAAUUUUGCAAA